AUGGGGUCAACUUUCUCCUCUUCGGUUAACCCGCAGACGAGUCAAUCGUGUCCACCCCCCGAUACUGAAAGGGAAACCCUGCCACCAUAUACCUCGGCGCGACCGCCCCCAUACAGUCUACUUCCUCCAUCGCGCAGGUCCAUUUCACGGCGGCACACAUCCGCAGCGACAAAUACCCGAGGCCCGCCACGUUUAUCAAAGAGAAAACUGCUAGACGCCUUCCGCAUCAUUGCUGACUACCUUUCCCAGAGAAAUGUGAAUAUCACCAUAAUAGCUUCCACAGAUGUUGUGGAUAUUGUCCAUCUAGAUAUCUUCGAUACGACUGAUGAAGUUACCUUUUUCAACUACAGGCUCGCAAGCGAUGCCGCGGUCGUACUCAGCAAUGCAGUCCACGAAGCCUUGAAGCAGCUGAGGCUUCAAGAUACCAGCUUCUUAUUAGAUCCAUGUUUUUCACAAGAGAUGGGGAGGCGCUUGACUGACAAGGCGAUCCACCAGAAUGCCAUCAUCUAUCGCCACGGUGGUCUCACCGUCAUGGCUCCGCCAUGGAGCUAUAUCUUCUGUCGUCAGGUUGAGUUUAUAACUCAAGAGCACACUCGCGUCACUCAAGAUUUGGACGAUGCAUUGGAAUAUCUAAAAGAAUACCUGUGGUUGAAACAUAUUAAAACUGUUCCAUACUCCAAAAUCCGGCAAUGGUUUCGUUAUUUCGAUUCGCAUUUGUCUCGCCACAUUCUCGAAGAUGUUAACAAACGGUACCGCUCGACCAUUGGCAGGAAUGCCAUUGACUUUAGACGGUAA